CACUUUUUUAGAAUACCAUUUGAGCUAGCACACCAUUCAAGACCGUUACAAUCCGGUUGUUCCUAAUAAUUUGUUAAUGUGGCCUCCUUAAGUAAUAUAAAAUGUCGGAUUUUAAUCACAGUUGUGCUCAGGAUGUUGUGGAACAACCAGAAAUUUUAAAAGAUAAAGUUUCCGAGGAAGAACUAAAGCCGGCGUUUCUGGGUACUCAAAUUGGUUUGAGUACUCAGGUGAGUACUGUGAGUAACACCAGUGAACGAUCUCUCUGCUGCGAAAUAUGCAACAUAAAAGUAACGAGCUCGAAGAUCCUGCAACGCCAUCUGGAAGGGAGAAAACACAAAUCCAGAGCCGAAAGACAGGGCAAAACCUUUUAUUGUGACAUAUGUGACGUCACCGCUAAUAGCGAAAUCCAGUUAAACAUUCAUUUAACCAGUUCAAAGCACAAAACAAAAGUAGCCAAAGAAGAAUGUAAAGUAUUCCUGGAUAUGUCCUCGUAUUCUACUAGUCUAUACAUUUUUAUCUUUGCCCUUUUUUGUAUUGUUGUUAAUCUUAUAAUUUUAGUAAAGGUCUCUAUUUAAAAAAUAUUA